AUGGGAAAAAUGGAAAAUUAUACACAUCGGAUGGAGAGUAGUGGAAGGUUAAGAAAAGCGUGUGCAAUGAAUAUUUUUAAAGAGGCGACAAAAAGGAAAAUAGAAAUAUAA